CAACACCAGAGCCAAGUGCAUAUAAAUAUGUAGGUAAGAAUAUUGUUCGACAGAGUGGAGACCCAUCAAUAAGUCGGGACCCAUCAAUAAGUUUUGACCCAUCAAUAAAUCUUGACCCAUCAAUAAGUCGUGACCCAUCAAUAAAUAGUAGAUCCAAGUCACGUAGCGCAAGCUUUGAAACCUUAACGAAUAAGCGUCCAUAUGUUCUAAAUGAAAAAAGUCAAAGCUUUUAUAUUCCAAAUAAUGAGAAAAUAGAGGAGAUAAAUCCUAAUAUCUUUAAUAUACGCGCUACAUCAUCAUUAUUUGAUAGUCGUCAACCACAAAUAAUUUUGAUAGCUCGUUAUUCACCAUCAAAAAGUAUAAUUCCAGUUUUAAAUACAUUAAAGAAACGAGGAGAUGAUCUAGGGAAAAGAGAUAUUUAUAAGAAAAAAACGGUAUUUCAUAGUCUUAUAUGGAAUGAUGAUUUAUUUGAAAUAACAUUUGAACGAUCCAAAAAGAUUCCUCGUCAUGAUCGAUUUCGAGCAGUAAUACGAUGGUUAAUAUCAAAUGGUUUAGACAUAGAUGCAACAGAUAAUUUUGGAUGGACAGCACUUCAUGAAGCAAUAUGGAAACGUAAAGAACCAGGAGUAGUUUUAGCAUUAUUGGAAAAUAAUGCCAAUCCGAAUACACCAGAUAAUUUUGGAUUAACACCAUUACAUCAAUGUCUAGAUAUUUUACGUAAAACAAAAAGAGAUGAUGAAAAUUCCAAUGUUUUUACAAUAAUAAGAUUACUUUUACAUUCAGGAGCCGAUCCAAAUCUAACAUUACCCGAUUAUACAUUAACACUUUCAGGAGCAUCAUUACCAAAUUGUUUAUUUGCAGCAGUUUAUCUUGGACUUCCAUUGGAUAUUAUUGAAUUAAUGAUUAAAAGAGGAGCAGAUGCUACAUCCACAACAUUUAUGGGAUUAUUCUUGCUUGAUUUUGCAUCAAAAGUUAAUAAUACAUAG